AUGAAGCGAGAGUGUCUACGACAAGGUACAACAGAAACGGUACUCUUGACCACGGUGAAGUAUCUAACGGUUAUUUCAGGGAAGGUUGUCUCAUGUGUCGAUCCAGAUACCUUGAACCGUGCUUGGUAUAAGAGCCGGAGUUGGUCUCUGGGCGAUAGAAUUCGGCCGCUGCCAAAAGUCCGAUUCAUUGUCGAUAGCUUUCUCAGUCCACUCUGGUACCAGACCUACACGCAAGUGGAUUUUAUCCAUAUAGGGGAGCUUUACGGUGAUAUCAAGAUCUUGAGACGGCUUUUGUCAGGAGCAUACCAUGUUCAGUUUGACGAUCCGAACGGGGAUACAGCUCUCCACCGGUUGUAUCGAGAUAUGAGUAGCGCGUAUAAGAAGUCGGGUCGCUGCCUGGAACUUCCAUCCAAAUACGCAUCUGAGGUGAAACGCCAUGGAUUUGUCCACGUGGCAGAAAGGGCUUACGUCCUGCCUUUGACUACUAAGGGCGAUGAUGAGCUAUUGAACAAUAUCAUUACAAACUGGGCGGACGGAUUCGAGGCAUACAGUCUAGAGCUGAUGAGAACAGAGCUGGGAAAGCGAUACCUGGAUAUCCUCUCUGGUUGUGCGUUUGCCCGCCAAUCACUACGAGAAGGUGUGGAUGGAUAUCUAGCAAUUCAGAUUGCAGCCGAGCACUUGUCCUCUUGA